AUGCGCCUCUGCAAAGUGGCAGAUGCAGGGUCGGGGUCGGGGUCCGUCGAGUUGUUUCAAGCCGGAUACAGCUGUUGCUACAACAGCGCUCAGAACCCCAACCGCUUCAAGCAAGACAUUGUCCUUCAUCCACAUGCCGUCCACGAGACAAGCUACCUUGCAACCAUCGACUACUUACGGCAGCGGAAGCCCAAAAUAGCAGUGCUGGAGAAUUCUGAAGGUUUGUCGUACUGUCGGGGUGGUGGAAACAUGGAAUCCGCCUUGGCUCGUGUUUUGCAGGACAUCAGAGUCACCGGGGCUUCGGUGGGUUACUGUGUCCUUAGCGCCCGGCCCUUGCCAACAGAAAGGCGACGUGUUUUCAUCUUUGUCUCGAACCUGGCUUCAGUCACCGGUGAAGACCUGGCCGAGGAGGCCAAGAAAUUGGGUGCGAAGGUUGAAGCCCUGCCACAUCACGACCUGGCCUCCUUCAUGGAUGCAGGGAGCGCCCUGGAGGCACAGUGUCAGAGUGACGGUCUGGCAAGCGCCGUCCUGGAAGCUGCAGAGCUGUCCAAGUAUCAUGGCUACUACUCUCAGGCAUUGAUGAAGGCGGUGAAGAAAAAACGGGUCAAGUCCGAGGAAACGAGCCUGCCGAACAGCGACAGAGUCAGUGUCACCGAUACCGCCUUGCGCGCCAAGACGGCAUGGUUGAAGGCCCAGGCUGAUGUGCUGCAGCUUGUGGCCAUGGAGAAGUCUGGAAGCAAGGACCUCAAUCGCUAA